GGUUAAUGUAGUUCCGCCUGUCAAACCAGAGUCAAACUACAACGAUUUAAACUGAGCUCAACUCAGUCAAGACGACUUUAAUGAGUUCUGGAGCAUUUCUACCCUUUCACAUUUACCAUAGUAUCAAUAGGCGUCCGCAGCUCGCAGAUGCGUUCUACAGAUCACAGACGACACUUUCUGCAAUAUUUUAAUAUCAGCUAACAAACAUCUUAACACCUUCCUGUGGCCGUGUAAUAAUUAUUUAAUACGGAGAAUGUCUAUGGAAUUAGAUGUGUUUGUGGGAAAUACUACUGUCCUGGAUGAAGACGUUUACCAACUGUGGUUGGAUGGAUACACAGUCACAGAUGCAGUAAAAAUGCGGAUGGAAACAGGAGUCUUGCUGGAGUGUGAAGCCAAUGAAGAAGUUCUACUCAGUGACACUAUGGACCAAUUCAGAACUUUUCAGAUGUUUGAACGUCUCCUACAGUCUCCUUCAAAAGUGGCCAAUCAGCUUGUGUUUCAGAUCUCUCCUCACCAUCGAGCCAUGCUCAUAGAGAGGUAUUAUGAGUUUGACAGUGUGUUUGCCAGGGAGGUGCUGGGAAAGAAGCUCUCAAAAGGGACCAAAAAAGACUUGGAUGACAUCAGUUCAAAGACUGGGAUUGCACUCAAGAGCUGUCGACGACAGUUUGAGAAUUUUAAGCGUGUUUUUAAAGUGGUGGAAGACCUAAAAGGCCCUCUGGUGGAGAAUAUACAACAUCACUUUCUUCUGUCUGAUGAUCUGGCAAGGGAUUAUGCUGCCAUUGUGUUUUUUGCCAACAGUCGUUUUGAGACCGGGAAAAGAAAACUACAGUACUUGUCUUUCCAAGACUUUGCCUUUUGUGCUGGUCAGCUCAUCAGCUACUGGACUGUGGGGGCGGUUGACACCAUGAUGGAGGAUAUUGAUGUUGAUCUAGAGAAAGAGUUUCUGCAUGACUUGAAAGACUUAAAAGUUUUGGUUCAUGAUAAGGACAUGCUGGAUCAACAUAAAAGUUUGGUCUGUGCACAGCUAAAGGGCAAAAUCAGUGUCUUUAGUGAGAUGGAGGCUAAUUUUAAGAAUUUGUCAAGAGCUCUGAUUAACAUCGCCUCAAAACUCACACAUACCAAAGACGUCCGAGAUCUAUUCAUCGACCUUGUGGAGAAGUUCAUUGAACCGUGCCGAUCAGAUAAGUGGACGAUUGGAGACCUCCGACUUUUUCUCACCUUCUACAGCAGCUCUGCGCACACGCUUGAGGCUUUCAGGCAUCGAGCAGUUUGGGACAGAUACAUGGAUGUCAUCAAAACUUGCAUCCUGAAAAUGUACCAUGAUUAGAUUAUAGUAUAUUUUCUAUGUAGGUUAGAUAAUUCCUACACCUGUUUGACCAAAUAUCCCUGUAAUACUUUUAAUGUUUAAAGCCA